AAAAUCUUCGCAUAUCUUUUUGGCGCUGCUCGAUAUUUUUUGGGUGCUCUCCAAAUUUCCUCAAAAUUUCGAAAUUCAGCCAUGACCAUCUCCAGUCUCCUCUCUCCAUUAACGCUCUCCAGACCCCUUCUGCUUCCCUCCCCAUUCCUCGUCUCUCUCCCUCUCGGGCACCCACCAUUCGUCACCUCCGCCUCCGCCGCCAAGCCGCUCAAACCCGCAAGGCCACGGCGGCCCGUCACCGCCCAGUCCAAGAACGGCAACUCCGCCGACGCACCCGACCGGCUGAUCUCGGCCAUCUGCUACUUCUACCCUUUCUUCGACGGCGUCCAGUACGGCAAGUACGUCAUCAACCAGUUCGCCCCGAUUCAGGCCAUCGUCCAGCCUCUCGUCCCGGCCAUUCGAGUGUUCAAGGGCUUCCCUUUGAAUGGGUUCUUGGUGUUCUUGACGCUCUACUUCGUGGUGGUCAGGAACCCCAACUUCAGCCGCUACGUCAGGUUCAACACCAUGCAGGCGAUUGUGCUCGACGUGUUGCUGAUUUUCCCUGAUCUGCUCGAGAGGAGCUUCAACCCGCGGGACGGGUUGGGGUUGGACUUGGUGAUGAGUUUGGAUAGCACUGUGUUCUUGUUCCUCCUCGUGUCCUUGAUUUAUGGGUCGUCCUCUUGCUUGCUGGGCCAGAUUCCAAGAUUGCCUAUUAUCGCCGAAGCUGCUGAGAGGCAAGUUCUCUGAAGAUUUACUCGAUCAAUCAUCAACCUCCAUUUUACGCCCAAUUGUAAUUGGCGACACAUUUCUUGAUGAUGUUAUGUAUUAGUUUACUGAGAUAUCUGUUCCAGAUAGGAAGAAGCUCAUACAGCUCAAUUUAAUGAUUGCUUGCGUGAUAUGACGUACUCAGCGCCAUUCGAGCCCGGGGUAGCUCAUUUUUUGACUUGUUCUCAUAGUUCUUAUCUGAAGCAGUUGCAAAGUUAAAUACAGAAUUUUUGGAA